AUGGGCAAGCCAUUCCUGGGCAACAUUAUGGGCCGACGAAAGUCGUCCGGCAAUGCGAUCGAAGACAUAGAGUCCACCUCCCCACAAGACCCGACACCUCCCACCGAGACGCCUGGCUCCAGCGGCGGCUUUCGGGUCUUGAGCCAGAAGGAAGUCGAGAAGGCCAAGCAGGAGGCUGCCCUUCGCAAGGUCGAGAAGCACAUGAAGUUUGGCAGGUUCGGCGGCUUUGGCACCUCUGGUAACAAAGCACGGAACCAGUCAUUCGAUGAUGAUUCUCCCUCAUCCUCCAAACGCGAUACGUCACGCCCUUACAAUGUAGGCCACUCCGGCUCUACGUCUACCCUGCCGUCGUCCCUCGACAACGAUCCUAACGAUAACAUGUUUGCCAACCUCCCUCCUCGACCCCAUGCCCCCCAGCACAACAGCUCGCCACAUACUUUCUCGAUGAGUGGCAUGAGAAAAGCGCUUCCUGGUUCAGCGAAACCGAAGACGGCCGAGUCCAACACUAACUCCGGCUUCCCAAAUUACAACGACUCCUCCACAUCUGCGAGCCGAUCUCGUGCCAUGACAACGUCCAGUUAUGCGAGCACGGCCAUGCCGCCGAAGCUGGAUGCCGACUUUGGCGACUUUGGGUUAGGUUCGGGUCUUGACUUUGGUGAUGAUAUGUUCAGCAGCGUUGACAGGAAGAGCUCGCCAGACCAUACUAAUGAUAAUUCUACGGGCCGCUCCCUUCUCGCAGGAAAGCGCGCCUUCCAGGCGGAGCCCCUCAAGAUCAACCCGACUUUAGAGGUCGACCCGCCACCAAAGUCGUGGGACAGUCGAGGUUCUGACGACAAUCUCAUGUCCUCGCCGACAGAAGACAACUCACCGCCACCAGUCCCGCCGCACAAGUACACGCAGUACACGGGGUAUUCUAAAAAUGCACAGUAUGCACCUAUCGCCUCUCAGAGCCCAGACCUUAGGGUGUCGAGUUCGUUCGAGGACGCGGAUGCCAAUCUAGUGCGUCGAUCGUUUAUGGCGAGGAAGUCCGCCGCGCAGGAGAGCUCACCGGAACAGCACUCCACCUCGAUCUCGUCAUCGGCAACGUCGCUGCAAACACCACUCUCAUCCCGCUCCACCUCCAACAACACCACCCCAAAGGCGGCCCUCCGUCCAGCAGCUACUACCUUGUCCGAAGAUGAGGACGACAACCUGUUCACACCAUCCACGGUCAAGGAUGCCCUGGUGACGAAGCCGGCCGCUCCGGUGCACAAAGAGAACGUCCCUCCACCACCUCCACCACCACCGGGCGAGCCAGGGCGGCGGGUCUUAACCCAGGCUGAGUUUCGAGCACAGCAGGAAACCCAGAUGGCACAGCCGGUUGAGGACAGCUCAGAUAGUGAGGACUACGAUGAUGAAGAGGAGGCCAUUCAGAAGAGGGAGCAAGAGGAGCUAGCUCGGCGGAAGCGACAGCAGAUGCAGAUGGCCCGUGAGCACUUGCGACGUUCCACGGCAGUGCCUUCCGACCCAAAUAGACCGGCUAGCCGUGCUGGAACCCCGUCCAUGGGCUUUCCGUCCGAGACCUCGCUUCAAGCGGGUGAGUGGGAGGACGAAGACGUCCCACUCGCUAUCCUCCAAGCGCAUGGUUUCCCCAGUCGCAGCAAACCCCCAGUGCCCCCACCAAAUGCGGCUCCCUCAUAUAUUCGCUCGUCAACGCCAACGCUUCCAGAUCGGCCCGCAUCGGCUGGUGCGGUGAGCAAUCGCGCUUCUCAUGGGUAUAGGCCUCCAUUCGCUCGGAAUCUUCCCGAUGAUCCGUAUGCGUCCGUCAUUGGAGGUGGACUAGUGAGGCCGACAAACCGAGAGUCUAUGGGCUUCAACCGAGAGUCCAUGAGCUUCAACCGAGGGACAGCAUCCAUCUAUGGCGAGCCAACUGGAAUGCCACUGUCAAUGCCGUUGAUGGGAUAUCCGGAACAACCUCAGCAACAAUUUACGUCUUUGGUGGACCAGAUCCAGCUACGUGACAUGUCCAAGCCGAAGUACACCGGAGGGGCAACCAGCAAGACACCUAAACAGGGAGGACCGUUCACCGGUGCUCUUAGCUCCCAAAUGAAUGCUAUGAACCAACCAUUCAACCCGCAACGAAUGUCCCAAAUGCCGAUGAUGAAUGGCAUGAACGGCAUGGGCGGGGGAAUGAUGGGGAUGGGACAGCCCAUGAUGCCGAUGAUGAAUGGCAUGAACCAAAUGGGCUUCCCUGCACAAAUGCAGCAGCAAGAGCUAAUACAGAUGCAGCACAUAAUCCAAAUGCAGCAAAUGCAGCUUGCACAAAUGAACAUGCAGCAGCAGCAGCAGCAGCAGCAGCAGCAGCAGCAAAUGGGCAUGCUCCCUCCCCAAUCCGUAUCCCCGGGUCAAGGUCCAUCCACACCUGGCGCCAAUCCCAUGUACCAACAAGCCAACCUCUCCCAAGGCUUCCUCGCGCCCGGUGGAAGCAACCAGCGUCCGAUGUCGGUUUUGUCCAGCUCCGCCGGAGGCCCGCAGUUCCAACCUCGUCCUUACUCAACCCCAACUCCAAUCGCCGCCGGAGGACCCAAUCAGUUCCAGCAUCAGGCGUCGCCGUCUAUGGGGGGCAUGGGUCAGGGGGGCAUCCCGUCGUCCCAGAUGCAGCAUAUGUCCAUGUACAUGCAAGCACCCCCAAUGCAUCACGGAGGGGCCAACAACACGGGGUACACUCCUUCCAUAGCUCCGUCGGAACGCUCUAACAUUGGUCUGUCUGCUAGGUACCGCACCGUCAAUACAGCCGCGAAUACCAACAGCAUGUACCUCAGCUCCACACCCAGCUUAGGCCAUCUGGAUGCCGUGUCAAGCGUAAGCAGCCAGACACUGCAGGGCCAGGCUUCUGGUGGCGCUACUGUCACCCCCAGCAACAACAAUCCCAAUAUCAACCAGUAUUCCACUCCCUCCGCUAUCGCGGACCAGCCAUCGCUAUUCCUGCAGCGGGAGUCAACUAGUGCACCGGUUAAGGUCAAGGGGAUUUUGAAGAAACCAGGUGGUCAGGAGAAAGCUGGAGCUGAGGAUGAGGAUGAGGAUGACUGGGAUUCGUUGGCAAAGAGGAAGGAGAGGUUUGCCGGGGGAAAGAAGGGUGAGGGGGAGGGCAUUGGAAUGGGAAUGGGGCUAGAGGUCGAAGGGGGAAUGAUUCACUAG